AAAGCAAUUUUUUAUAUAAAUACAAAAAAAUAUGCACAAAAUGGCGUUGUCUGAUCGCAAAUAUUUAUGUAACUAUAAACUUCAAUAUUUACAUGGCAGCCGCAAGUUCACGUGAGAGGCGUGGAUUCCACCGAUGACGUAGAUUCCGUGCGACACCUUCUGCAAAAACACAGCGCCGCAUUAGUGGGCGAAACUCUUUCGACUUUUUAGAACUCGUCAAGGCAGAAAUCGAGGAAAUUUGGCAGUUUGACAUCAAAAGAGGGACAGACAGGAGAAGAUGUCUGCACCUGCCCUGUGUUUGAUCCGCUGUAGGAGACUGAGUACAGUUGUGGUGCCCGGUCUCAACAAGGUGCUACGGUGGAAGGAUUUAAGGAAGGUUGCCAAGGUAACAGGCGCAGUCGUGUUCGGAGGCUGCCUUUUUAUCACAUACGAGGUGGCGGCCCUGGACAAAGCUGUGACCAUUGACACGAGUGCCAUUCUUCAGGAGAAGUACAAGUCGUACAUUUAUCUACGAGCCGGUCCCUCGGACGAAAAGGACAACCUCGCUGCAGGGCUCACCCACAAGACAAGGAGGGAACUUCAUAAAGCAGCGAGACGGUUUCUAGAAAUAUCCUCACGGCUUCUGCUCCAGUCGUUAGACGCUGCCAAGUCCAUGACACAAAGUCUGCUUCCACAAGAGCGGCUCAGUCAUGUGGAUGCAGACCCGCAUGAGGUGGCGCUAUGGGUCCUACUAAAAAGGACACAAUCCGACAAUCGGUCUGUCAGAAUACAAGCUGUGAAGGAACUUGCAGAGAAUCAGCACUGGCACGACUACCAGUAUCAGACCGCGGCCCAGGUUAUAGACCAGAGAACCGCAGUGGGCCUUGCUCGGACUCCACGGGUGGACGUGCGAUUCUUCCUGCCUCCGCCUGCACUUCCUGACCUUGAUGAUGGCUUCUCAGCAGAGGACGGUUUGAGGCAGCUGCUGGCCUCUCUGCCGCAGUCUGAGGUGGACAAGUGUGUUCAGUAUUUCACGUCGCUGGCCCUCAGAGAAAGCACCCAGUCGUUAGCAGCACAGCGGGGCGGUCUGUGGUGCUUUGGUGGCAACGGGCUGCCCUACGCCCAAAGUCUCACCUCUGUCCCCUCUGAGAAGGUGGAGUCCUUCUGCCUACAGGCCCUAGUCCAGCACUCCAAGGUUCAGAGCCACUGUGACCACAUAGUGUCCAACGGGGGUCUCCUGCUCCUCCAGAGAGUUUACCAGCUCAGGAGAGACUCCCAGAAGAUUCAGAGGAACAUUGUGCGAAUCAUCGGGAACCUGGCGCUCAAUGACAGCGUUCACAAGGCCAUCGUUCAGUCGGGGUGGGUGUCGGUCCUGGCCGAGGUGGUGCAGUCUCCUCACGUCAUGCAGGCGUCCCAUGCAGCCCGCGCCCUCGCCAACCUGGACAGGGAGACGGUGAAAGAGAAGUACCAAGACGGGGUCUACGUCCUCCACCCGCAAACACGUGGCAACCAGCCAAUUAAAGCAGACGUGCUGUUCAUCCACGGUAUCCUGGGGGCAGCCUUUAAGACAUGGCGCCAGAGGGACAGAAGUGUGUUAGAGGAAGGGAACAAUACAGACUGCGGGGAUGAUUACACUGAGUGUUGGCCAAAGUCAUGGUUAGCUGCUGAUUGUCCUCAUCUGAGGGUGUUAUCUGUGGAAUAUGAUAGCCACCUCAGUGACUGGAUGGCCAAGUGUCCCGCCGAGAAUCAAAGGAAGUCCUUGGCCAGCAGGAGUCGAGAGCUGCUCAAGAAGCUAAAGAUGGCGGGGGUUGGUGACCGGCCGGUGGUCUGGGUAGCUCACAGUAUGGGAGGCUUGCUUGUGAAAAAAAUGCUGAUUGAUGCCUCUGAGGACCCAGAUAUGCAGGAGCUGCUCAAGAACACCAAGGGCAUUUUGUUCUACAGCGUCCCUCAUCACGGCACCUUUAUGGCAGAAUACUCUGUAAAUGUCCGAUAUCUCCUCUUCCCCUCCAUCGAAGUCAGAGAGCUUUGCAAAGACUCGCCAGCACUGCGUGACCUUAAUGAGAACUUCUUGAACAUGGCCAAAGAGGAAGAAAUCAAGGUACUAAGCUUUGCAGAGACGCUGCCCACAAACAUCGGCCCUAUGAUCAAGAUACUGGUGGUGCCAGCACAGUCGGCAAAUAUCGGCAUCGGGGACCUGAUUGAAGUGGAUGUGGAUCAUCUGAGCAUCUGCAAGCCAGAGAAGAAGGAGUCAUUCUUGUACAAACGCAGCCUUCAGUUCAUCCGGGAAACACUGCAGAGCGCCAUCGGCCAUUGACGACCACUGUUAGCAUAGAACAAACAUACUUGAACCAGCAUCCUUGCCACACAUUUUCAUAAAUAACCACAAAUGUCAUCAUAGUGUCAUGAUAAUUAACAUGACUAACCAGUGAAGAGUUGCUAGUUGUAAUAGUAGAAAACUGGAUGCUUAUCUCUCACUAAUUUAAUAUUUGAAAGUUGAUCAUUACACUUUGCGUAAACGGUGUGCACCUGAUUUUAUUUUUUCCAUCUAAAUUAGACCUACCAGCUUAUUUAACACCAAAAGUAUUAUUAUUAUAACAUUGAUGUACCUCGCAGUGUUUCAGAUCAAAGUUACAGAUUUGAAUUUUAUUUGUGUAUUUAUGCUUUUUAUUGUUUCCUAACAUCGUCUCUCAAUUGAUGCCUGACUACUGAAUGGAAUUAUCUGUUUUUUGGUCAUACAUUUCACAAGAUGACAAUAAAAUGUUUUGGGCUGGAGGCCUCAUUUGA